AGUUGUUAAAGUCAUCUUUCAAAAUGUUAACACCAGCUAUCACCGUUGUUCCUGCUUUAAGCCUGCUGCUUAUCAUCUGCAGUAGUGGAUUCGGUGCUGCGCAAUUCAUGGAAAUUCCGUCUGGAGUACGGUUUCCCUAUCCCUAUCAUGUCGCCUUGACAAAGAAUGGGGCGUAUAUUUGUGGCGGUUCUUUUAUCACAUUCACCGUUGUCCUAACCGCCGCUCGCUGCGUCAUUCGAGAAACUCCCGAUAAAUUAAAGAUUAUGGCCAACAUCACUGCACUAAAUUCUAGAUAUGCAGAAAUCUUAAAUAUUUCCAGAUUCCUCAUUCAUCCAAAAUACAACGGUAUCAGCAACGAUAUUGCAUUGGUUGAGGUGCAUAAAUCAGAUGCCGGUUAUUUGGUGACAAGGAUUAACAUGGCCGAUGAUGACGCCGAGUACCCGGAAAAUCAGAACGCAACCUUCAUGGGAUUCGGUGGCAUAAAUUCUAAACAAGCAAAUCCCUUAAGAGUUGGCUAUGCUGUAAUAUGGCGUCGUCUAUAUUGUAGCAAAGAAUAUAUUCCAGGUGUGACAAAAAAGAUAAUUUGCGCGGGAGAUCCGUAUAAGUCGAAUAUCUUAUGCAAAGGCAAUACUGGCAGCCCAUUGGUUGUCGAUGGCAAACUCUAUGGAGUGGGAAUAUACACAUGCGGGGUAUUGCGUAGUCCGUUCUUAUUUACAUAUGUGGCUCCUUAUCGUCACUGGAUUAAUAAACAUCUUCCCAUCGGUUUUGAAAAAAGAAUCCAAUAAUAAAGGACACGCAUAUGUAGAAUUUAAA